AUGAUACCACCACCAGCAACGAUUGUGGCUGCUCUGUCAUGUCUGGCCAUCUCUACUGGCGUAUAUUACGCCGUGAGACCUCUGCCUCGACAAACACAGAUACGCAAACGGGAUGAAAGAGUACUCGUUAUCGGUGCUUCGAGUGGGAUAGGUCGGUCGAUCGCACACGAAUAUGCCGCCAGAGGAGCAAAUGUGUGCGUUGCGGGUCGGAGGGCCGAAUUACUCAAGAAAGUAUUGGAAGAAUGCGAUGCCUUGGGGGAGAAAGGGAAAUCCACUCAUAUGGCUGCAGAUUUCACGAAUGUGGAGGACCUGGUGCGCUUGCGACAGUUCGUAGAGGCCGCUGGUGUAUCUGCGCUGCAGCCGCUCAUGAAUGUUGCUGGUAUUGAUGACCCCAAUGCCGAUGCAACUUCAGAGGGUAUCACGCACGCCGUUGAGACUGCAAAGAAAGCGAUGAAUGGCAACUAUUUUGGUCCUCUCGGUGCUGCUGUAGCCUUUAUUCCUCUGCUUACUCGAACGUCCCCCUCGCCUUCUAUCCUCCUUGUAUCGUCUCUAGCCGCGGUAAUUCCAGCUCCUAGUCGCACACUUUACGCGUCUACCAAAGCUGCAUCCCUCGUACUCUACCAAGCUCUCUCCAUCGAGCAUCCCAGUAUUCGCUUUUCCGCUAUAUUGCCGUACACCGUUGAAGGUGACUUCCGCGCUUCUGCCGUCGAUGCCGGACCAGUCCGCGAAGCUGAUCCAAGUAAGCACGGAUUGAAGCGCGAAGUCGUGGCGCGGCGAUGUGUGCAAGCCGUCGAUGCCGGUGAAAAAGCCGUAUUCUUGCCCGCAUUCUACAGAGCAGGGUUGUUUCUCUAUUGGAUAUUCCCGGCCUUUGUCGAGUGGCGGGCAAGGAAGAAAUACGGAUUCACGACUUAA